AUGUCUAUUGAUUCUUGCUAUGAAGGUGUCAUUGCCAAACUAACGACACAGGGUAAAAUAAAGCAAAUGUCUUUAGAAUUAUUAUCACUAGAAACUAAUAGUGAACGAGUACUUUUUGUGUAUAAAACUGUGAAAGGUCUUAAUGCUUUUCCAAGUGUGCAAGAAAUAAAGAAAAACAAUGACAGUUCCUUAUAUUACCGUAACCUAGGCAACAAAUGCUUUGAACAAACAGUGUACCAUAAAGCUUGGCAGUAUUAUAACUUGUCACUUUUACAUGCACCCUUAAACUCUGAAAACUAUUGCUUGGCGCUGUCUAAUAGAUCAGCUGUUUUCUAUGAAUUAAAUAAAUAUAAAGAAUGUGUGCGAGACAUAGAUACAGUUUUUUCUUUAGAAUAUCCUACAAAAUUGACAGAGAAACUAAAUAACAGAAAGAAAAUGUGUAACGAGGCAUUGUCUUCAAGCAACGAAAAACAAACAAUCAAAAAUGAUGAUUUUAAUGAAUAUUUGAAAAUGACAAGUGAGAAACAUUCUGAAUAUUUAUGUGCAAGUAAUAAAUUAGAAGUUGUGAUUAGUAAAGAAAUGGGUAGACAUGUAAUUGCCAAAGAGGACAUAAAAGUAGGUGAAGUCAUAGUCGAAGAGGAUCCAUAUUUUACACUAUUACUGAAAGAUCAAUAUUUAUUUGGUUGUAAUUAUUGUCUUUCGAGGUGUUUAAAUCUCUUACCAUGUGAUGGCUGCUGCUACUGUCUCUAUUGCAGUGAUGAAUGUAAAGCAAAAGCUUGGAAGGAGUACCAUAACAUUGAAUGUUCACUUAUGGCUACACUUGUUAAAAUGGACUUUACAAAACUGGAACUGCUUGCUCUAAGAACUGUUCUCAAAGCUCGUCAUGAUCAUAAUGAAUGGAAAGAUUUAUUUAAUACAAUCAAAGAUGCUGAAGACAAUAUGAACACUGAACAUCAUGGGCAAGUUAAGGUUGAUGAUAAAUGGAUAUAUGAUUCCAAAUACUAUGCAUCUAUACAUACUUUAGCUACAAAUUUAGAAAGACGAUCAAUUUCUGAUAUAUUUCAAAAAGGAUUAACGGCAGCUGUAUUUUUAAGAUUUCUGGAAAACAAUACUGAGUUUUUAAAAACAGAAAAUAAACAUGAAUAUGAUGAAAUAAAUGAAUGUGUAGCUGGACUAUUAUUGUUACACUUGAUGACAAGUCCUACCAACAUGCAUGGCAUUAGUUCCAUUGCAGCUAGUAAGGAGGGUAAUUGUGUGGACCAAAUAAGUUUGGCAAGUGCACCUUAUGCUUUUUGUAGCCUUUUUAAUCAUUCUUGUGCCCCCAAUAUUGUUAGAUUCACCAAAUUAGGCUCUGCAAGGAUGUAUGUGUUUGCUCUGCGCCCAAUUAAGAAAGGAAUGCAAAUUUUUGAUAAUUAUGGACCCCAUCAUGCAUUAGAGGAGCUGAGUUCAAGGCAGGCUUCGCUUAAGUUUCAAUUUAAAUUCACCUGCUUAUGUGAAGCUUGUGUCAAUAAUUGGCCUAAUUAUAUGUACUUAAGUAUGAGACAAUCUAAAAAUGUACCAUCAAAGUUAGUUAGAUCCAAAAACAGUAUUCUAAAUGAGCGCGUAAUAGACCAACUUCAGAAAGGAAACUUAGACACAGCAUUAAAAACAUAUAACCGCAUCUGUGAUUUAUGUGAAUUAUUAGAGCCUUAUGUGCCAUGCAUGGAACUGUGUGACUGUCAAGAAUCGUUAAAACAAUGUUUGCAAAUUUUUGAGGGCCUAGUGCCCUAUGGGAGCAGUCUUAUGGUUAAGUGGAAAUUGGUAAAUUCAAAAUAAGAUAUUUAAGUAUUGUUUAAUUUUUAAUUUUGACAAAAUAUUUAUUUUUAUAUUGAAUGAAACUCAAUAGGUUAAGGAUGUUAAUUUUUACUAUGUUGUUAUAACAUAAAAUUGCUAUUAUGUAACCAUAUUCUAUUCACAUUUUACAAAUUGUUAAAUUAGAAUUACUAUAUUUUUUAUU